CGCAAAACGUUUUCGACCUGCGCGUGCAGGAAAAAACAGCAAUCAUGGCGGACAAUAAUGCGGAUUGGCGAAGCCCUGCGUUCCGACAGAAAGUUAUGGCUCAAAUUGACGAUGCGGUCCGUGCAGCGGGAAAUCCGACCUCCAAGAGUAGCAUGGAGAUGGAGAACCACGUGUUCCAGAAGGCAAAGAGCAGGGAGGAGUACCUGGCACUUGUGGCACGGCUCAUCCUGCAUGUUCGUGACAGCCAAACCAAGAAAGACCAGCAGAGACAAGGCGGAGGACCUCAGCAAGACCCAAUGAACGCACUCCAGAACCUCACCUCCCUGUCCCAGGGACAACCUUCCCAGCAGGCCAUGCAGAUGUCGCAGCCUUCCCAGCUGGCUUUGCAGAGUCAGCUGGCCCAGUCUACCCAGCAGGCCAUGCAGCAGCAGAUGUCCCAGCAGCCUCAGUUCCAGCAGCAGCCGCCUCCGCAGCAGUUCCAGCAAUCCCAGCAGCCCUUUCAGCAUUCCCAGCAGGCAUUUCAGCAGUCUCAGCAGCCCUUCCAGACUUCCCAGCAGCCUCUUCCCCCACAGCCGCCACAACCCGGAGGCCAGGCUAGAAUGGCUCCCACAAUGCAACAGCAGCAGCAGCAAGCCCAGUUCCAGGCCCAGCAGAGGCAACAGUUCCAGGGGCAAACUCGAGCACAGCUGGUGCAGCAACAGAUACAGCAGCGACUACAGCAGCAGCAGCAGUUACAACAGCAGCAACACCAGCAGCAGCAGCAACAGCAACAACAACAGCAGCAACAACAGCAGCAGCAACAACAGCAGCAAAAUCUAAUGCAGCAACAAUUACAGCAGCAGCAGCUACAACAACAGCAGCUGCAGCAACAACAACAACAGCUACAACAGUUACAGCAGCAGAAGCAGCUGCAGCAACAGAAACAGCAGCAGUUACAGCAACAACAGCAGCAGCAGCAACAACAACAACAGCAGCAGCAGUCACAGCAACAGCAGAUGCUGGUCCAGAGACCUUCGCUGCAGAGACAGCAGAAGAUCGGAGGACUGCUGUCUCCUAGUCAGCAACUACAAGGCCAGAGUCCAGGCUCUGUACAGGUGGCGUCCCCAGCCCAGAGUAGUGCCAUGCAGCGACCGGUGGCCUCCCCUGCACAGACUAGCUCAAUGCAGAGACAGGUGGCUUCACCUGCACAGACCACCACCAUGCACAGGCAGGUGGCAUCACCUGCACAGACCGGCUCCAUCCAGAGGCAGGUGGCCUCCCCGGCCCAGCCUGGCUCCAUGCAGAGACAGGUGGCUUCACCUGCUCAACCUGGCUCAGUGCAGAGACAACACACACCACAGUCAAGUUCUCAGUCUGCUGCGUCUCCAGCCACCAUGCUGCCCAGCCCCUCCCCCCAGCCCAGCAUGGCCCCCUCCCCAGCCAGCACAACUGCUCGCACGCCCGCCGGGGUCCAGUCUCCUGUCUCACUCAAUACACCUGGUAACCCUGGGUCUGUAGGGAUGGCGCCCAGCCCUCGUAACGCCACAGAAGAACAGGCGUACCUGGAGAAGUGGAAACAGCUGUCUAAAUACAUCGACCCUCUGCAGAGAAUGAUCAAGAGAGUCAGCAACACUGACGCCAGCACGGAUGGCCAAGCCCCGUCUACAGAGCACAAGAAGGACCUCAGCAAGAUGAAGAACUUGUUAGAAAUUCUCACUGACCAGAAAAAACGACUCCAAUAUCAAACAUUGCUGAAGUGUGAACAAGUACUGGAAAAGUUGGAGCUACAAAUGAAGAUGAGCCACACGACGAGUAGCACCAGCACCACCACCACCACCACCCCGGCUCCCCUGCCCAAGUCUCAGCAGCACAUGUGCCAGCCCCUGCUGGACGCUGUGGCCAGCCAGCUGGGCUCCCCCAUGCUCAACCACACCCUGAAGAGGACGUUUGGACCGGCACUGACCGCGCUGCAUGGGCCACCUAUCUGUUUCCCAGGUCCCCCGCCCAAACGACAGAGAACCAUCCCCCGUCAGGAGUGCAGCAUUCCCAACAUCCUGCAGGGGGAGGUGGCCAAGCUGGACCAGAAGUUCAAGGUCAGCCUGGACCCCACCCAGAACAACAGUAGCACCUCCGUCCACCUGGUCUGUAAACUGGACGACAGGUCCCUUCCCAGUGUGCCUCCCAUCUUCGUGGUUGUGCCUGAGCAGUACCCAGAGGAAAGCCCACAAUGCACUGCAGAGUCACAUGACUAUGACUCCACAUCAUUUCUGCAGACAGUGAAGAAGUCCCUGGAUCUGAGGUUAUUAAAACUGCCUGACCAACAUUCACUCACACAACUGUUGGGGGCAUGGGAGAUGAGUGUUAGACAAGCAUGUAAGGAGGCAGUUGCUAUCACUACUUGAUCAGUCAACAGAGAUUUUCAACCAGCAAUACAUCCAAAGAGCAGUGCAGAAACACCCCCUGUGUACAAACAACGGAGCUGCAAAUAAAUUGAGUUGAGAGGACUCACAAUUUUAUCCGGAUGGUACGACAGAAUCUAUAUUCACGGUUUUUGUGGUCACUUCUGUGCCGAGAACUUACCAUUACUGUGAACAAAUAAUUCGCUGACUUUCUUUUUGCUGCACCUGCCACCACCCAGAAAAUGUAGUUCCACAAAGAUGUCCAUUUUUCUCAGACUGUUAACUUUUGCCAGUGCGACCAUCAAGUGAUUUACAGUAUACUUUCUCAAGAAUCAAAAGAAAUACAGUGUCUUUUUGUGUUUGUUGGAAUGUGGUGCAUUGUCUGUGCAAUGAUAUAUACAUUUUGAAAUUUUUCAGUGAAAUCUGUGGUUAUCUUGACUGUCUUUAAAUACAUAAUCUUGCCAUGUAUCAUUGUAUAUGUAAUGAAAUGCACUAAGUUAUGUAUUGA